AUGGUUGGCCGAAAGAAGAUUAAGUCCAAACCGACCGUUGUGCUCUCAAGCCCCGAUGGUGCAUCUAGAUGUGAAAUAAGAUCUUCGAUAGAGGCUAGCAACAUCAUUCGCAGAUACCCUGGAUUUGUUCUCAUGGACUGCAAUAGACCACCAGGCGCUGGAGAGUUGAAGUUACUACUUGAGCUUGAAAGGCGAGAUCCCGUUUCUCGUUCUCAAGAGCUUGAGCGCAGUAUAGUGGUUAAGGAGGGCUUUGGGCAUGGUCUUGGAGCCUCAAUUCAUCUGGGAAACCGCAAUGAUUCAACAGAACAACAAAAAGUCAUAGGGACAGGCGGUGGUGUAAUAUGUUGUCUUGAGAAGCCUCGGUACAAAUACUUUCUCGUGACUGUUGCUCACAUAUUUGACAAAGGAAUUGGGUCUCUUUUCGGCUUGUUCAAGAAUACGAGCCAAUUUGUAUACGACGUCAACGAAAUGGAUUUUGAGGACAGUAGUUCCGACACAGAUGAUAGCGAUCCCGAAUCACCUGUCUUGUCUAGCUUAUCGUCGAGCCCUUCGAAGAUGCUUGAAACGAGAGGUCAGGCCUGUUCAGGUAAUCAAGGAAGGGAACUUCCGCACGUAUCUCCAUCGCUCAGCCCGCUAUCCAAAUCACCAUCUUUCACUUCUCUGUUCAAGUAUGAUCUUGAGCUCCAAGGACCAUAUGCCAGCUCGGCGGAUGCAAAGCAACCUUUUCUGGACUGGGCUUUGAUUGGGAUGACUCGUGGAACAUUAAGUAGACUAUUUCGUGGUCAUCCCCCCAUCCAAACCAUCCCAAUGAGGUCAACAGAUGGUGAACCUGUAAAGAGAGAUAUCGUAGUGUUUACGACACGAAAGGCUCUUGUAAGCGGCCAUCUAAUGGCUACACCAACAUACGUUCAACAUCCAGAGAAUCAAGGUGUCCAAGAGCUGUGGACGAUACGUUGCUAUGAUACAUUAGAGGAGGGAGAUUGCGGAUCAUGA